AUGCCAUCACCUCUCAAACCACGACGAUCACCGCGGUCCAGAAUGUCGCUCGCCGGCACUGGCUCGGGCGGUGUUCCCCUCGGAGGCUCUUCCAUGACCACCAAAGUAUCUCUCCAUGAUGCCGCCAAAGAGAACAACAGAUCCGCCAGACUCUCCUCCACCGCCAGCAGGGACGACACCAUGAAGGCAGCAAAAGAUCGCGCCACCAACAAGAAGCGCGCCGCUUCGAUUGGAGGCGGAGGUGAGGAGCGCGAUACGUUGCUCAAAGAGUCUACCACAAAGGCAAACGCCACCGUCGCGGCGACGAGCAGACGUAAUGCACCAGCACCACGAAAGAGCGCCAUUCGUCAGGUCCCACAGAUCUUCCUCAGCCCCACCGGUCUCGUGCCAAGUCCCGAGUCCAGGAAGGGUCUGUCCAUGCCUUCCCUCACCGACCAGAUCGCUCAGAUCGGCAGGCAAGAAUCAGCGACGAAUGGCAAGUCUAGCAGAGCAUCACUGCCCAACUCCAACGCUCCAGAACGCAGUGCUGCCUCCACCUCCAGCUUGGGCGCGAGCAUGGCCAGGGCGCGUGACUCCAUACAGACUCCAUCCUUCAGCUCGCUCGGUGGUGCCGCGACGAGCAUCCUCUCUGCUCCUACUGCCGCCACAUCUGCACCCAGGAAUGCCAUGACGCAAGUCCUCCGUCCAAAGCGGAGAGUCACGUUCAGCUCUCGACAGGAGAAGACGGAAUUCGCACGCGACGAGCCCACUCUGCGUCUCGGCAGCUUGAGGAGAGAACAGACUUCGCCGCCAUCCACGCCCGCCAGCUCGUCCAUCGUCAGUGCCGGCUUUGCUUCGUAUAUCCAGUCGCAGGAUGACUCAAGCUCGGACAGCGACAGCGAAAGCGAGUCUGAAUCCGAGUCUGACAUGGACCUCGACGCCUCUAACGAGCUGGCAGCCAGGUCUCUAGCCGCAUCCAUCGCAGCCUCCUUGCCUCACGAUGACUCGACUCUUGAUCCUUCGCUAGACGCAUCGACGGAUGAUAGCAACGUCUCCGCUUCGAUGGAAUUCACAGGCACACAUGGCUCCGUCAACAAGCGCACCCUCGCUGAUACCUCGGAUGACCAGGUCGAGAUGAGCCUGGCUGCUGACGGAGAGGAAUCCAUGCAGAUGGACAUUACUCAAUCAAUGGCGUCUGCACCGGCGCUCAAACGCAGACGAAGCAGCAACACUGCCGCAGACGACUCUGCCUCCACUGAUGCUUCCGACAGCACCGAGCGCGCAGCAGACGCAUCCGGCAUGGACUUGGACCAGACGGCCACCAUGGAGUUCACCGGCGUCCACGCAGCCGUCGGCGGCGGUGAGAGCGACUCGGAAGACUCGGACAGCAGCAACGAUGGCGGCGACGGUAUGGAGAUGACCGAGGCUAUCACGACGAGAAUCGAGGCCAAGAAGUAUGGCGACGCCACGACGACGAUCAUCGCCAAGUUCCCUGAUGUGAGCAGCAGCGACUCGGACGGCGACGAUACUAUUCAAGCGGAUGCCACGAUGCCUAUGGAGAUGACUCGUGCUGUCACCGGAUUCAUCCGGGAGAAGGACCAUGCUUCGAGCGACAUGGAUCUGGUCGAUUCGCUUGAUUCGAGCUCCAGCAGGGCCUUCGGUCCAGCUUCUUCCGACGACGUGUCGGUGGCCAUGGACAUGACCAUGCCCAUGGGCUCCCAUGUCUCGCCAUCUAAGCCUCAUCACAGUCCUUCAAGGUCACCCACCAAGCUCGGCACUGGCGCGCCAAGCCCAUUCCAACCCACGCCGGGCAAGUCGCCUAGCCGCUUCCGCCAGUCUCUGCGUGGAGGCGUCGCUGCUCUUGACGCAAGCAUGCACUCGCCUGCCCAGCGUGUCGGAGGCACUCUGCCGCCAAAGGGACACUUGCCACACGCCGGCUUGCCCUCCGACACUACGACGUUCCGACGCUCCAUCAUUGGCGGCAUUGCUUCGCCCGCCUAUCAGCACUCUCCUGCACGACGCGUGCAGACCCAGGACGCUGCCGACAGACAGCCGGGAGCUCCAUUGACAGCGCACAACCUCGCCCAGGCAGGUCGUGCAGCGAGCGCAUCGCCUUCAUCGAAGAACAAGACCUCGGUGGCCAAAGUCCUCGCGGGUCAGCGCAAGUCUCUGAGCAGCGUCGGCUUCAACUGGCCAUCCAGUGGUCCCGUAGCAUCCUCUUCGCGGUUCUCGCCAUCGAAGGGCAUGAGUCCCAAACGACGAGCGGGGCGGUCUUCGCUCGUGGCUGCCAUCCUGCCCGAUCUAUCUUCCGCGGCCACAAACGAGGACUCUUUCCACUCAGCCGUCGAGUCUCGUGUCAGGAGCUCCAACGGACCGAGCAGCGAUGCACAUGACACUUCGAUUGCAAAUUCUGCUGCUUCGGAGGUGGGUGUCGGUGUCGACAGCUUUGAUGACUACAGCAACGACGAGCGCGACCAGGUGCCCGUUCAGAUGCCGCUCAAUGACUUCCUCCGCUUUGUUGGCGUACACUUCAACGACGACAUGAGCGCGUCGCGUCGCAAGCCUGUGCCACCGGCCAAUGGCGAACAAGCCGCUCAGGAUGGCGCUUCAGCAGAGCCUCAGGGACCCGUCUCGAUGAUGCGUCUCGUCAAGGCAGCUUGCGGAUCCGUGCCCCAGCUCGAGGCCCUUCGAGAAGCCUGCAGGGAGAUCAAGGAGCAGGUGGACGACGGCAGGGAGAAGAUGGUCGAGAUGGAGCAAGCCUUCUACGACUCGCCGCCCGACUUUGUCCGCGAGAUCAUGGGUCUGCAGAACGAGGAGGAGCGACGAGACAUGGAGGCGCAGUUCAAGUUGCAGAAGCAGGCCGCGCGUGCUCUUGUCAGCGCCGACUACUACGGCUGGCGACUCGACAAGGAGUUCGAUCAGGAGAUGAUCCAGACGCUUCAGGCCUACCAUGGUCGUCUGCAGUGCGAUCUGCACAUCGUCAACUCCAAGAAGGAACAGCUGCAACAGGACAUUUUGCCGGUGCUGCGCGUCAAGCACGCCAAGCUCAAAGCCGAUCUGGCCCUGGCCAAGAAACGUCAAGACGAGAUCGAGACAUGCGACGCCGACGAGCUCAAGGGUCUCUAUUCGAGUAUCGAGGAGCAACACGAGGUGCUCGAGUCGAUGCGCGCCCAGGUGAUGGAUGUCGAAGAGCAGCACGAGCGUCUCCUCGUUCGACUCGAGGAGAACCGCGAAAAGAUGGCGGCGGCACAGGAGAUGGUCGACAAGGCGCAUGCCACCGUCGACCAGAUCCAGGGCUACACGCGUGGUGAAGCAGGACGUCUGUUGCGCGAGAUUCGCAACCUCGAGAAGCUGCAUCUCGUUCGCGUCCUCGACAACGGUUUCGAUCCCACUCUCGACGAGGUCGAGAAAGGAGCCGAGAAUGUGGACUUUGGCGGCAGUCGCGAUGUCGUGUUCAUCCUCGACGGCUGGCUGCAAGUCUCCAUGUCGCUGCUGACCAGUAGCAGCAGCAAUCAACUGCCAAACAACAGCAAGGUCUCGCGCAUCCAGCUCAAGCAAAAGGGCACACGGGCGAGCAACGACGACACCAACCUUGUCCGAAAGCUGUCCGUCCAAAUCCUGCAAGGCGACUUUGACGUCGAGUUCGCCGACGGUAUUCCUCAGGACGCCCUCGUUAUCCUGCGCCGAAUCUCACAGACGCUCAUCCGCCAGCGCAUUCUACUCGCCGAGAUCGAGCACCUCCGCUGCCGAUUCCCCGUGCAACUUGUCGACGACCUCGCCAAAUGCCCUCCGAGCAUUCUCAACGGAACGCCCGACGCCUCAACCAGCUCCUCCGCCGCCGCCGAACGCGUUGACAACGAGGUGGCACUUCAAGCCUCGGUGCUGCUCCCCAACAAGAGGAGCAAGAUCGUCAUUACGGCCACCUCGGACCUCAAGGGUGUCGGUGAAAGCCGGUCGAUCCUGCUGGCGGACAGCGUGCGCGUGGAGCGGGUGUACGGCAGCGUCGACGCCGAGGCCAUGUCGCUGCAGAUCUUGGACUGUAUCGAGACGGAUCCGACGAUCGGCUCGUUGAGCAAGGCUUUCAUCGAGACGAUCGAGACUUUCGAUAGCUAG